AUGAACAAAGAUAUCACCAGAGAUAUUAGUAGCAUUAGUAAUACAACCUACACCCCCUAGAUUGAGAAGAUGGCUUGGAAGGAGCACAACCUCUUUGCGAAGCUGAGCCGUAGCAUUUGGAUGAAGUUGGGCGAAAGGAAAGACAUCAUCAUCAAAGACCACGUCCCUAGAUAUGUAGAUACGACCAGUAGAUAUGUCGAGGUACUUGAACCCCUUGUGCAUGUAGCUAUACCCUAGAAAGGCACAUUGUGUGGAGCGGAAGGCUAACUUGUGGGCAUUGUAUGGUUGGAGAUUGGGCCAACAUGCGCAGCCAAAGGGUCUUAGGGAUGUGUAAAUGGGCUUCUCCUGAAGAAGACGCUCACAAGGGGUUUUGAAGUUGAUAACUUUGCUUGGCAGGAGAUUUAUGAGAUAAGUAGCCGUUAAGAAGGCAUGAUCCCAUAUUUCAAGGGCAUAGAUGCAUUAGCAAGAAGGAUAAGGCCAACUUCAACAAUGUGAUGAUGCUUCCUUUCAGCAGCACCUUUCUAUUGAUGAGCAUGUGGGCAGGAGACUUGGUGAGCAAUACCAAUGCGUUGGAAAAAAGAAUUCAACUUUUCAUACUCUCCACCCCAAUCUGAUUGCAUUGCUUUAAUUUUGUUAUUGAACUUUCUCUCAACAAGUUGUUGGAAGUCCUAAAAGACUUGAAAAACAUUAGAUUUUUUCUUAAUGAGAUAUAUCCAGGUAUAUUUGCUAAAAUCAUCGAUGAAGCUAAAAUAAUAUGUAUGCCAUCCUGCUGACAUGGGCGCUGGUCCAGGCAUCCAAAAAAAUUAACUCAAGAGGAAAUCCAGAGGUACUAUUUGAUAAAGGAUAAGGCAAUUGAUGGCUCUUGGCCAUUUGACAAGAAUUACAGAUAGACUCUGAAUUUUUAUUGCUAUCGUAAGGAAGAUUAUUCAAACUAAGAAUUCUCUCUAUAAUAGGGAAGCUGGAUGACCAAGCCUACUAUGCCAUCUAGAUGUUGACAGCUUACUAACUCCAAAAGCUUGCUUGUUGGGACCUCCAAUGGAUAACCAGCCUACUAUGCCAUCUAGAUGUUGACAGCUUACUAACUCCAAAAGCUUGCUUGUUGGGACCUCCAAUGGAUAACCGCAACUCUAACGGAUAUAGGCCGCCCCGGCAUGAUGCAAAAUUCUCUUCGUUCCCUGAUCCUUGAUAAAAAAGAAAUUUGGAUGAAAUUCUAGAAAGGCAUCAUUGCUUUGGCAAGUUUGUGAACAGAGACAGGAUUUUUGCUAGCGCUAGGGACACGAAGGAUAUUUUUAAGAUGUAAAUUUUUGCUAGGGGUAUAUAAAGUUGUAUGAUCAAUGUUACUAAUUCUUGAGCCGUUUGCGGCAUGGACUUGAUCUCGUCCAUUGUACUUGUCAUGGACUAUCAUCUUCUCAAGUGCACCAGUGACAGAUCAGAAGCUCCACUAUCCAUGUACCAAUUUGUGUUGUAGCCAUAUCCAAUAGUAGCUAGCCCUGCUAUCUUGUAAUUUUGCUGCUGCUCUUCAUCCUCAUCAUAUCUAUAUCAAAAUCUUGAUACUUCAUGUCCUACCUUCUUGCAAAAUUGACAUAUGGUCUUGAUGUUGCGGCCUCCUUGCUUAGAUGUGUUACUUGGACCAAAAUUGCCACGGAUCUGGCCACCACCACCACGGCCAGCAUCACUUCUGCCUCAGCCACGACUAGUGCCAUGACCACAACCGCGCCCUCUUCUAGCCAUAUUAGCAGAUGACUGAAAUUGUCCUCCUUCAUGGUACAUCUCUAGGCGCAUAUCAUAGGCUAGUAACUGAGAGUAUAACUCACUCAAAGAAACAGAUGCAACACGACCAAGCAUAGAUGAUACAAACGGGUUGUAAUCAAAGUCAAGACCGUUUAAAAUAAAGUGAACCAUCUCGUCGUCAUCUAUCACAUUACCAACCGCAGCUAGCUCGUCCUUGAAGGAGCACAUCUUGGUGUAGUAUUGCGACGAGGUCAUGCUGCCCUUCUUGGUUGUAGCAAGUAGCAUGUGUAGAUUUGAAAUUCUUGGCCUGGAGUGUGCCGAGAACAUAGCUUCAAGCGCCUCCCAUGCUUCUGCCGAAGUAGUCACUAUCGCCAACGGUGUUAACGCCUCCUUUGUAAGGGCGUUCAACAGAUAGCUCAGAACUUGUUGAUCUUUUGCAAUCCAUGAGUCAUAAUCGGGAUGAUGGACAAUCUCCUUCGUCUUGUCCGCCUUGGCCACCUCCAAGGUCUUGGGCGGCUAAAGCGGUAGAUCCAUCUAGGAUUUCCAUGAGUUGAGCACCUCGAAUUGCAAUAAGGAAUUGAGCCUUCCAUAGAAGGUAGCUGUCCCGAGUUACUUUCUCGGAAACAACCCCAAGCUGAGCCGGCGCAGAUGAAGUCGACGCCAUGGGCAAUGUGGUGGAGGUUUUGGAUGUUUGUGGAAGAGGAUGCUCUGAUUACCAUGUAAGAUUUAGAGGAAACGUGGUUGCCUAUCUUGACCUACCACGGGUGCAUGUUUAUAUAGGAGACAAUAGCCAAGAGAUAUACAUGAUGUUGUCAUUAUGUGAUUCGGAUGCUAUACAAGUUAAAUAGAAUCUAUCUCUAUCUAUUUCUAAGCAACCGAACCAGCCAAUGAUGACAAUCAGAGUUUGAACCAAUUACAGGAGAAUAAAAAUCCUAGAGAUAUUCUAACAGUCCCUCCCAAUGAAAUCGUGUCCAGGCACUCUUUUGAAAGUGGGAAAAAAAGCUGGAGCUAGCAGCGCUCUGCUUCCUCCAUGUAAAUGGGCCAUCGUUCAUUUGUGUUGGCGGUGUUGUUCUUUAUACAGCGAUUUGAGAUAGUACGAUGGAGAUAGAGAUCCAAGAAACGCUUCCUAAGGUAAAAAUUCAUUCACUCUACUGGUUCCUCUGCGUUCGUUUCAAAAAAAAAAAUCGUUUAAAAAAAGCUAGUUCUUCUACAUGUUCAAGGUCUGCUUCAAAUUUUACUGGUUGUUACAAGCUUACAACGCUCGUUUCUUUGUUUCCAUUCACCCCAUGAGAUGGUUCCUAUUGGCGUCAUAAACUUUUCAUGUAUCGCAGUACAAGUGCAAGAGUGUUUCCUUAGUUUGGACCGUUACUCCAUCUCUAUCUCUAUAUCUAUCUCUACUCUCUACGUUUUAUAUCUCUAGGAUGUUUGGCAGUUAUACGUUGACCCUCCCGUCUCCAACACACACCCACACACACAAAUGCUACCCACAGCCUCCUCUGCGACCCGAUGCCCCUAGACUCAUUCGGCCUCCGUAUAAAUGGGGUGUCGUUCCAUUUGUGUUGGCGUGGAGUUGCUUCUUUAUACAACGAUUUGAUACACCAUGGACAUAGAGAUUCAAGAACCACUUCCUGAGAAUUCAGUAAGCGAAAGGACCACUGGCAUCCAGGGAGCAAAACGCCAUUCCGGCAGUUGGAGAGCAUGCAGUUACAUCUUAGGUAAUCACAAGCUAUUGGAUCUCAGGAAAUCUUUGAACGAAUUUGGGAACUCUGGAUCUCUAAUACUUUCUCCCGUGAACAUCUUUUUCCUGCUGCCAACUCUCUUACAAUUUGCAGUGACUCAAUGCUUCGAGGAGCUAGCGUACUACGGAAUCCAGUUCAACUUGGUCACGUUUCUCAAGACGGUGCUGCACGAAAGCAAUGUUACCGCGGCAAGAAGCUACACAAAUUGGCAGGGGACUUGCUAUAUCGCACCGCUGGCUGGAGCUAUCAUAGCAGAUUCCUAUCUGGGCAGAUACCUGACAACAGUGGCUUUCUUCACAGUUUACCUACUUGGGAUGGCUGCAAUGUCUAUUUCAGCAUCGUUCCUGAAGGGUGGUUCAUCUCAGCCCGCUGUGUUCUUCCUUGGCCUCUACAUGAUGGGCAUAGGAGCCGGUGGUAUCAAGCCGUGUGUCUCAUCUUUCGGCGCUGACCAGUUCGAUGACAGCAGCCUAGCCGAGAGGUUGAAGAAGGAUUCCUUCUUUAACUGGUUCUUCUUUGCAACCUACAUUGGGAGCUUCGUCGCGGGUACCGCAGUUGUGUGGGUGCAAGAUCACUACGGUUGGGGAGUUGGCCUCUGGCUCCCAACUCUGUUCAUCGCGUUGGCCAUUGCAAGCUUCUUGCUGGGCUCCAGUAAGUACAGGGUGCAAAAGCCCCUGGGGAGUCCAAUUAUAAGGGUGCUUCAGGUUAUAUUUGCAGCUGUUCGAAAAUGUAAUGUAGUUUUACCGUAUGACGAUUCUCUACUCCAUGAGCUCCCAGAGAAGACGCCAAUGGCGGAUGUCCAUAAAUUGCAGCACACGCCUGUUCUCAGAUUCCUUGACAAGGCUGCAGUGAUCUCAUCAACUGAAGACCCAUCUGACUCUGAUCCAUGGAGGCUCUGCACCGUGACGCAAGUCGAGGAGCUGAAGGUGAUCAUCGGCAUGCUCCCCAUCUGGGCCACCGGAAUCGUGUUCUUCGCCGUGCUCGCGCAGUUCUCCUCCACGUUCCUGGAGCAGGGCAGGACGAUGAACAAGCAUCUCGGCGCGUUCGCCAUCCCGCCGGCGUCCCUGGCAUCGUUCGACGCCGUCAGCGUCCUCAUCUGGGUGCCCGUCUACGAUCGGGUCCUCGUCCCGGUGGCCAGGCGGCUCACCGCCAAUGCCCGGGGCAUCUCGGAGCUGCAGCGCCUCGGCGCCGGGCUGCUCCUGUCCGUCCUGGUGAUGGUGACCGCGGCGGUGGUCGAGACGCGACGCCUGGCGAGCGCGCACGGCGAGGGCCGGUCGUCGAUGAGUAUCCUGUGGCAGGUGCCCCAGUACUUCCUGGUGGGCGCCAGCGUCGUGUUCGCGUGCGUCGGGCAGACGGAGUUCUUCUACAACGAGGCGCCGCCGUCGAUGCGCAGCCUGUGCUCGGCGCUGGCGCUGCUCACGGUGGCGCUCGGGAGCUACGUCAGUUCACUCGUGGUGACCAUGGUGGAGUGGCUCACGACGAGGGGCGGCGGGCCGGGGUGGAUACCCGAUGACCUCAACGAUGGCCAUCUCGACCGCUUCUUCUGGCUCCUCGCGGUGAUGAGCGCGCUCAACCUGGCGGUUUUCGUGUGCUGCGCUAGGCGGUACAAGCGCAAGAGUGUUUCAUGAAUCUUUUAUUGUAAAACUAAUAUUUUGUGACAUCGAAUAGCUAUUGUAAAUGAGUGGUUUGCGCUCGGGAAAAAACAUAGCAUAUGUUCUAUGAACUAGGUGAUUGAAAAUUGAAACCUGGCAUUUUAUCGAAAUUGCCGUCGCCGCGCGCUUCGCGAAGGCCGGGUCUGGUGACGCCUCCUCCCGACGGGGUCCU